UCCCCAUCCCUCCCCAGCCGGCUCCUGCCGCCCGGCUCCGGCAGCUCCGGCCGAGGGGAAGGGGCCGGAUCCCGAGCAGCGGGAGCGGGGAGCGGCCGGGAAGCUCCUCACCGCGGCCCAAACUUCUCACGGCCGGCUUUCGGCUCCUUACUCAUCUCGGCUCUGGACACUGAAGAAGUCCGGGGUCCCAGACCCCCCUCCCCACCGAGAUUUCAGAGGGUUCCCGGCCAGGAAAGGAGGGACAGCAGGAGACCAUGGCUCCUUGGCCUAAGUUCCCUGAAGAGACUACCAUCCAACAACCCAUUGUAUCUGAAAAAGAUAAAGGAAGCUCCAGCAAUAAUGAUCUUUCUUCUGGAAACACAGUAGAACUUGUGCCAACUUACUCUAAUAAUGCCCUGGUUGAAGAGCCAGUGGUACAGCAAGACCCAUGGAACAUGCCUGAGAAGAGUUCUAAGAUGAAGUGGUCAGAGAGAGACACCAAAGGGAAAAUAAUUGCUGUCUUAAGAGGAUUCGGAAAAGGGAUCCUCAUCCUGAUAUUUCUCUACUUCUUUAUAUGUUCCUUGGACGUUCUCAGCAGCGCUUUCCAGCUGGUUGGAGGGAAAAUGGCUGGGGAGAUUUUCCGUGAUGGUUCCGUGUUGAGCAAUCCCAUGACUGGCUUGAUGAUCGGCAUACUGGUGACCGUCAUGGUGCAGAGUUCCAGCACAUCCACGUCUAUUGUUGUCAGCCUGGUGUCCUCUUCCUUGCUAACAGUAAAGGCAGCCAUUCCCAUUGUCAUGGGAGCCAAUAUUGGGACUUCAAUCACCAAUACUCUUGUGGCCCUCAUGCAGGCUGGAAACAGGGAUGAAUUUCAAAGGGCUUUCGCAGGAGCGACCGUCCACGAUUUCUUUAACUGGUUGUCAGUGCUGGUGCUACUGCCCUUGGAGGUGAUCACAGGCUACCUCUACCACCUCACCGAUGCCAUCGUGAAAACCUUUAAUAUCAAGAGUGGGAAAAAUGCCCCUGACCUCCUGAAAGUCAUCACAGAUCCCUUCACGAAACUCAUUGUCCGGCUGGAUAAAAAGGUCAUAAGUGAAAUUGCUACAGGAAAUGAGGCAGCCAAAAACAAGAGCCUGAUAAAGACUUGGUGUAAAACAUUAAAACAUGUGACGUUAAGCAACGUCACCGUUCCCUCACCACAAAAUUGUACCUCUCCCAGCUUCUGCUGGACCAAUGGGAACACGACCUGGACCCUCAUGAAUGUAACAUAUAAACAGAAUAUUGCAAAGUGCAAACACGCAUUUGUGGAUGUCAAUCUUUCUGAUGAGACCAUUGGAUUCAUUCUUCUGGCCCUCUCCUUGCUGGCCCUGUGCACUUGUUUGAUCCUGAUGGUCAAGUUCCUGAACUCUGUGCUCAAGGGGCAAGUUGCUACAGUGAUUAGGAAGACCAUCAAUACAGAUUUCCCCUCCCCCUUUGGCUGGCUAACGGGCUACUUCGCCAUUCUUGUUGGAAGUGGGACGACCUUUAUUGUGCAGAGCAGCUCUGUGUUCACGUCUGCCAUCACUCCUCUGGUUGGCAUCGGAGUGAUCAGCCUGGAGAGAGCGUACCCCCUGACCCUGGGCUCCAACAUCGGCACUACCACCACGGCCAUCCUGGCUGCCCUGGCCAGCCCUGGAAGCACUUUACGGAAUUCACUCCAGAUUGCCCUGUGCCAUUUCUUCUUCAAUGUCUCUGGGAUCCUUCUGUGGUACCCAGUCCCGUUCACGCGCCUGCCGAUCCGUCUCUCCAGGGGCCUGGGGAAUAUCUCAGCUAACUACCGUUGGUUCGCCAUCUUCUACCUUAUAACCGUCUUUUUCUUGACUCCACUGACCGUGUUUGGCCUCUCCCUGGCAGGGUUGCCUUUUUUGAUGGGUGUAGGGAUACCCGUCCUAGUGUUUGUGUUUGUGGUCCUGUCCAUGAAUUUGCUCCAAGCUCACUGCCCUCAAAUCCUCCCGAAGAAGCUUCAAACCUGGGACUUCCUGCCCCUGUGGAUGCACUCCCUUCAGCCCUGGGAUAGGGUAGUGUCCCUCCUGAUGAGCUACCUCCAGCUCCGGGGCCGCUGCCGCUGCAGUAAGUGCUGUGACCCAGUGGAAGAGGAGAAGGCCAUUAAAAUCCCCAUCAAGCUUCCCGAGGUGCAUGAGAACACGGCAGUCGUAGUGGAGGAGACUCGGCCCAUGUCCAAGACGCAGGAGGCCCAAGACGUAAAGAACGUCUCUAACUGCACAGCUUUAUAGUCGGACAGGGCUUGCAGAGGAGGAGAAAAGAUGGAUUAUUUCCCUUCUUUCCCCUGAAAUGUGGGAAGAGUAGGGGCAGAUGGUUAGCUAUCUAUUGGAAAAUGGAACCGUGGACAUUUGCUACCCUUAUCCUCCACCCCAGAAUCCAAAGCAUUGGCAGGUAGGGCUGGCUCAGCAUUGGCAGAAACUGUGAUCAAACCCUCGUCCUUCCCAGGGCCCCAGUUAUCCCUCACAUGAUUUCUGACUCCCUAAGAGCCCUGAGACAAGAACCACCACAGGGACUGUACAAGAUGAAUCCUGACUGGGCCAGUUACUUACUCUCUCCAGAAACACUGGGGCUACAGGACUUGAAACAUUUUUAGAAUGAAGGAAUUCUUUUUCUUAAAUAAAUAUAGUUAGACUUAUUUUUAAAAAUAAGUG